AUGAGUGCUUUAAAUCAAUUGAGUAUUUAUUGUUCUAGUGAUAGUGACGAAGAUAUUAAUUGCAAUGAAAGUGAUGUAGGAGAAAGGUUAACUUUGCCUAAUCCAUUUACAAAAAGUAAAAAAUGUACAAAAGAUGAAAAAAAUGUAAAAAACAUAGAUGGUAAAGUGAGAAAUUUUCCUCAUGAACCUGGAAUUUGGGCCACAUUUGUAUACAUACCAGUUAAACCAUGUUACGAAUUGAGUGAUUUCGUUAAAAAGUUAAUUAAUUAUUUUGAGCAAUUUAAUUUAAAGUUAGUCGAUGAUUAUCACAUAAGUUUGUCCAGAACUGUAAUUUUAAAACAUCAUUGGAUUCAAGGUUUUAUGGAACUAUUAAAAAAUUUUCUAAAAGACAUUCCCAGUUUUAAAAUUCAUGUAAAAGGUUUAAAAGUUUACACGAAUGAAGAAAAAACGAGAACUUUUUUAUCAUUAAUGGUAGAUGAAAAUGUAGAAAUGUUAAAAACAAUAGUGAAUCAAGUUGAUUUAUGUUUAAAAGAAUAUAAUCUUGGAAAAUUUUAUGAAGAUCCAUUAUUUCAUUUGAGCCUCCUUUGGUGUCCUGAUAAUAAAUACGAAGAAAUUAAUUCUAUUUUAAUGAAUUUGCCGACUAAAUUGAAAGAAUUUAAUUUUUUUGAAUUUGUUUCUUAUUGUUGUUGCCAUGUUCUAUUUGUUGCUAUUCAUCUAUUGAGAGUCUAUUGCAGAUUAUCGAUAAGUAAUUAA